UUCUCAAGUGUACACUUAUCAUUUAGGCACCAGAAGCAAAAGCUGCUGCUUGGUGCUGUGGUUGUCACACUUAUCACCCCUCUUUUUGAAUAAGCAGUUAAGCCCAGCCAGCAGCUAUGGAGCCCAACAUCAUCCGAGAGGGAUAUCUGGUAAAAAAGGGCACUGUACUGAAUUCGUGGAAAGUGGUGUGGGUGGUGUUAGCGGAUGAUGGAAUAGAGUUUUACAAGAAGAAGACAGACAGCAGUCCAAAGGGCAUGAUUCCAUUAAAAGAAGCGGUGAUGACCAACCCGUGCCAGGACUUCAGCAAAAGAACGUUAGUGUUCAAGGUGACCACAGCAAAGAAGCAGGACCAUUUUUUCCAAGCAACCCACCUGGAGGAGAGAGAGGUGUGGGUUAAAGACAUCAAGAGAGCCAUUACUUGUUUGCAGGGCGGAAAGAAGUUUGCCAGGAAAUCUACCAGGAGGUCAAUUCGAUUGCCUGAAACAGUUAACCUGAGCGAGCUAUACAUUUUGAUGAAAGACCAAGACACAGGAAUUAAAGAAAUGAAAGUGGAAAAAGACAAGAAGCUUUUCAACCACUGCUUCACUGGUGACACAGUGAUUGACUGGCUGAUCUCUGAGGGGAAGGUAAGGAACCGGACUGAGGGUGUGAUGCUGUCCACAGGGCUGCUGAACGAGGGCUAUCUGCAGCCGGCUGGAGAGCUGUCCAAAUCAGCUGUGGAAAGCAACACGGAGUCUGCAUUCCUGGACCAGACGGACGCUCUGUAUUACUUUGCAGAAAGUGGCUUCUUCUGUGAAGGCUACUCGAGUGAUGAGGAUGUGCUUGUAAAAGAAGAGUUCAGAGGAGCCAUAGUAAAGCAGGGCUGUCUGAUGAAACAGGGCCACAGGCGAAAAAACUGGAAGGUGAGAAAAUUUAUCCUGAGAGAUGAUCCUGCAUUUAUCCACUACUAUGACCCCACCAAGGGUGAGGAGGAACCUCUUGGUUCGAUUCACUUGCGUGGAUCUGUUGUGACUGCGGUGGAUUACGUGCCAGAUGCUAAGAGGCAUGACAUUGAGGGCAACUUGUUUGAGAUCAUCACGUCAGAUGAGGUACACUACUACCUGCAGGCAGCUACAGACGAAGAACGCAAUGACUGGAUCAGAGCUAUUCAAGUAGUGUCAAAGACUGGAAAAUAACUGUGAAAGGCCAUUUCAGUCCAGAAGGAUCCUGACAAAUAAAUACAAGGACACUUGUUAUAUUUUGACUGUUAACACACAUUGAUAUUUUAUGUCAUACACAUAACAAAAAUGGCUAUGUAACACUUUUUACGCUGCAAGUUUGUCAAGUUCCUCUUGAAACCUAAAAAUAGAUUAAGAGAGUGACGGGAUGUGGA